AAAUCCUAUAAAUAUCGAGGUUUAUCUAUCUCCAAACAAUAAACACCUAUUUUCAUACACCUUGCAAAACUUGUCACGGAUUUCAACACCUCUCAAAACUCUUUGUACAAACACAACAAUGGGAUCAUUUGAUUCUAUUGAAGAUUUGCAAAUCACCAAAACAUGGUACAAAGAAUCUCGAGUAGCAGAUCUCUCUUAUGUUAUGCCAGAGCCCGAAACCUUUUGGGAAAAGAUAUAUAACCAAUAUAGACGAGAAUAUGGGAAUCCAAAGAGAAGAACUCUACAACAAAUUCAUGAUAGGUACCAGAUAAUCCAAAAGGCCAUUUGUGAUUUUAUUGAGAUUCAACAACGCCUCCUCAAGGCCACCCGUAUUACCAUGUCCUCUGAACAAUUUCACGACCUUGUUAAAGCGGGUUAUUUGGAGGAGAAAGGUGAAGCAUUCACAUACGAUGACUGCUAUAAUUUCAUGGUAUCCAAAAUCCCAGAUUAUGAAUCGCCAGUCCAUUCAACUUGAGACGUCCGGUGAAGACUGAAACUAUAAUUUAUGUCAGUGUAGAUUUUGUGGGUAAAUCUGUUAUCAACCCUCACGAGUUUGGUUUUUGAUUAUGUUUUUAAUUAUGUAUUUAGUUAUGUUUUUCUAAUUAUGUUUUUCUAAUGUACUACGAUGUUUAAAAUAAAAGUUGUGAUUAAAAAAGUAGUCGGUUACAUCGUUGUAAUAAGUAAGAAAACAUAUUACAUCAUAAUCAUUACCCCUGCUCCCAAUUUGGAAGUAACAUAAUUAACCACACAUAAUAUUAUAAAGAUUCGAUUUUAUA